AUGGCUGACGGGAAAGAAUGCGGUGGCGGCGAUGCGCAUGACUUCGGAGCUCGAGGCUCGUGCUGCGGCAACGAGUUCGACGAUGCGAAGCAGUUCGCGAAAGAGCAACUGGAAGAAGCGUACAUCCGCGCCGCUAAAGAGGCUGGCAGAGCCGAUAAGAUUGCAGAGAACCUUCGAGGAAUCGUCAAGUGGUACAACUCCCGACUCUGUUACGGAUUCAUCGAGCGCGAGGGCAACGGUCGCGAAUUGUUCGUACACCGCAACUCGAUCGUGAUGAUGCCGGGAGAGCUGACGUUUUUGAGGCCAUACACCCCUGUCCUUUUCGAUCUGUGGACGCUCCCGGACGGCCGUCUGGAGGCACAGAACGUUCGCUCGUCCACCGGAAAACCGAUUUCACUCCGAUACGGACCCAGACCCAUGAGGUCUUGCUCCCACGAUGGCUACGCGGAGGAGCCGAUCGACUUCUAUCAGAACUAUGGGGGUCACGGUUCAUGCUGCAUUCCGGCCUACUGUCUGUGUUGUUCGCGUCGUUUGGAAUAUCCUCAGCGCGGAGGACGCAUGCGGAGUUCGAUUUCGCCGGAGAGGAAGGAUUUUCGACCUCUCGUUUCUUGA